GUUUACGCCGAGAUGGUGAUCAAUCAAGAAUGCGAAAUGCAAAAUCCGCGCCUGGGACAAUGUUCGACUCAGGCACGCUUGGAGUCCAGACUUGGCAUUGCUCGAGGCUGAUUCCAAAUUCCGAAUGCUUGGGCGUUGCAGCCAAGCCUGCAAGAGUCAGUCCGAGGCUCAGCGGUAAUGAUAAAGAGGCGUCUCCCUCCCAUUCUGCCUAGUAUAAUUUGGAGCGGUUUGGUUUGCUUUGUUGAUUCCUUGUUCCAUUCUCGCAGCAUUCCUGAGGUCGGUGGUCUUGCCGAGAAUAGCUGUCAAUCUGACUCGGUCCGGAUCCGGUCUGAUAAAUAUCAGAAAGUAUGCCCUUGGCCACGACUCGGAAUGCGAUUAUCUGCGAGAUGGAUUGCUUGGUCAGCCAGUCGACUGGGACAAACCCUCAGCGGCAAGCUUACAACCAAACGCUGUCAUGACAUUGAUUCAAGGUUAAACUCUGGCGACCCCUCGAGUUGACUCAACUGUCCCGCGUGACCUUGUACUCGCAAAAAUAGGUUGGUAGUUGCAGCAGCCAUGCUUGCUGUAGAACAAGUUGAAACGGUAGAAGGUUGGCGAAGCCUACCCGAGCAACUCAAUUGGAGGUGUUUCAUCGUGAUACUGAACCUUGGUCUGGGCCUUGUGGACGAAUUUCUCGUCGUCUUUAUGCCGUUAGCAUCUUUGGCUACACGGCGCAUAUCGACUACUCUGGGAUCAGGCGUAGCCAGCAGUAGCUAUGCCUUGAAUCCAGGCCAAUGAAUUUCAUGAGAUAUAGGAGGCUGGAAGUCCAACAUCUGGAUACAUGCUAUCGUGAGCAAUGAAGCAAGUUCCAAUGACGUGAUGAAGCCACAGUCCGUUGUUAGAUUCGAAAUUCAUACAUCGCUCAAAGGUGGGAUGUAUGGCUUGACGUUGUUAUUGC